AUGUAUUUAAAAAGCGAUUCAGGGUUAGGAGGAUGGAUAACCAUACCAGCUGUAGCUGAUGUUCUCAAAUAUUCUUGCAUUGUUUGCUGGUCUUCUAGGGAAAAGAAUAAUGUGGAACAGGACCUUAAGGAGAAAGAAGAUACUAUUAAACAGAGGACAAGCGAGGUUCAGGAUCUGCAAGAUGAAGUUCAAAGGGAGAAUACUAAUCUGCAAAAACUCCACACCCAGAAACAGCAAGUACAGGAACUCCUUGAUGGACUAGAUGAGCAGAAAUCCCAGCUGGAGGAGCAACUGAAGGAAGUUAGAAAGAAAUGCGCUGAGGAGGCCCAGCUGAUCUCAUCCCUGAAAGCUGAAUUAACUAGUCAAGAAUCGCAAAUCUCUACUUAUGAGGAAGAGCUGGCCAAAGCUAGGGAAGAGCUGAGUCGCCUACAGCAAGAAACGGCAGAAUUGGAGGAGAGUGUGGAGUCAGGGAAGGCUCACCUGGGACCUCUUCAGCAGCACCUGCAAGACUCACAACAGGAAAUCAGUUCAAUGCAAAUGAAACUGAUGGAAAUGAAAGAGCUGGAGAACCGUAAUAAUCAGUUAAAUUGGUGCAGUAGCCCACACAGCAUUCUUGUAAAUGGUGCUACAGAUUAUUGCAGCCUCAGCACCAGCAGCAGUGAAACAGCUAACCUUAAUGAGCAUGCUGAAGGCCAAGGCAACCUGGAGUCAGAGCCCAUACACCAGGAGUCUCCAGCAAGAAGUAGUCCUGAAAUACUGCCUUCUGGUGUGACUGAUGAUAAUGAAGUGGCGACAACAGCUGUUAAUGAGAAAGUUUGCCCUGAAUUUAAUAGUGACAGACAUUCAAAAGAGGGAGAUCCAUUUAAUGUAGAAUCAAGUUCACUGACAGAUCCAGUUGCAGAUACAAACUUGGAUUUUUUCCAGUCUGAUCCUUUUGUUGGCAGUGAUCCUUUCAAGGAUGAUCCUUUUGGAAAAAUUGAUCCAUUUGGAGGUGAUCCUUUCAAAGGUUCAGAUCCAUUUGCAUCUGACUGUUUCUUCAAGCAGUCUUCUGCUGACCCUUUUGCCACCUCAAGUACUGACCCUUUCAGUGCAGCCAGCAAUAGCAGUAAUACAUCGGUAGAAACAUUGAAGCACAAUGAUCCUUUUGCUCCUGGUGGAAUAGUUGUUGCAGCAAGUGAUUCAGCCACAGAUCCCUUUGCUUCUGUUUUUGGAAGUGAAUCAUUUGAAGAUGGAUUUGCUGACUUCAGCACAUUGUCAAAGGUCAACAACGAAGAUCCUUUUAGUUCAGCCACAUCGAGCUCUGUCAACAAUGUGGUAAUUAAAAACAAUGUGCUUGAGGAAACAUCAGUCAAAAGUGAAGAUGUACCCCCAGCACUGCCACCAAAGAUUGGAACUCCAACAAGACCCUGCCCACCACCACCUGGGAAAAGACCCAUCAACAAAUUGGAUUCUUCUGAUCCUUUUAGACUGAAUGAUCCAUUUCAGCCUUUCCCAGACAAUGAUAGCCCCAAAGAAAAAGAUCCUGAUAUGUUUUGCGAUUCAUUCACUUCUACUACUACUACCACUACCAAUAAAGAGGCUGACCCAAGCAAUUUUGCUAACUUCAGUGCUUAUCCCUCUGAAGAAGAUAUGAUUGAAUGGGCCAAGAGGGAAAGUGAGAGAGAGGAAGACCAGAGGCUUGCCCGACUAAAUCAGCAAGAGCAGGAAGACUUAGAACUGGCUAUUGCACUCAGCAAAUCUGAGAUAUCAGAAGCAUGAAGAAUUCUCCUGUUCUUUGUCAACCAUACAAUAUUCUUCUUCCUGAAUACUGAAGCUCUUUACAGUGUGUAUCAAAACUACCUAUGAGCAUGGGAAUACAAAAGGUUUGAGAUUCCUAUAAAUGUGACAAAAGUUUGUUUUUGUUUCUAACUCCAUUUCAGAUUUGUCUUCCUGCCCCCCCCCCCCGCCCCCAUCAAAGCAGUAACCCAGUCAGACAACAUCACCUAUGCUCCUGUUCUGAUGUGUAUUUACUGUGAGCUUCUGCCUGCCUGUGCUCCUUUUACUUGUAAAGCUAGAGUACCCAAGCUUCUGCCUUCUGGAAUAUAGAGAAAUAGUUUCAUCCCUGUGCUACCCUUGUUCUGUAGUUACUCUGAUGAUAGCCAGUGGGUUUCUUAAAGUUUGCAGUAUUCUUUGAUUUGAAUGGUUGAGGGAGGGGAAGGGAAAGAACAUCCUAUUUCUUUGAUGAUAGUGCAAAUUGGCUAGUUUAAAGCAUAUGUUUGUAUUUCCUUAUAAUUAAAAUACUGUUCAGUUUGUUUUUAUAGGAAAAAUACUUUGCAUAAAUUGACUCCACUAUUAAAAAAGGGAUGCUUUAAGGUUGAACCAUUAUAGCUUCAGACUCAAUCUUUUCCUAAAUAAAAAUGUUAAAGCCUCAUAUGUGAAAUAUAUUUUUAAAAAAUUUUCUCUGGAUUUAAAGAAUUUUAGAUGAACAGAUACCUCUCCAUAAUUUUAAGUGCUAGACAGUGGAGAAAAUGUAUCACUUAACAUAUACCCAUCAGUGUAAGGUAAGCAAGAAUCUAACAUAGCAGUUGUUCUGCCAUUGCUCUGGCACUGUCCCCUUUAGUUCAUGGUAGGUUUAUUUUUGUACUUUGCAGAAGAAACUUCAGCAUGUGAGAACUGGAAGGUACUUUAAACUUUUUUAUAUAUAUAUUUUGUUUUCUUUAAUGAAGGCUCACUUACUUGAAAUGUAAAAACUUUUGCCGAAUACAAAUGGGAAAAGUGAUGUGUAUUAAAUCAUAUUACUGCUUUUUGUCCAUCUUUGUAUUUUAAUCUCUUCCUGGUUUUUACCUAUAAAAUUGGCGGGCUAGCAAAAAAAUCCUGUUUUUUUUUUAAUUGAGAGAGAAGAGACCUGUCAAAUUGUCAAAGCUCUUCAUGUAUUAAAAGUCUAUCUCCUGUAAAACUGACCUAGCAGGCAAGCUGAAUUUGAAAUAGACUGUGAUGUAGGCUGUAAACUGUGGAAUAACCUUAGUUUUCUUUUAACAUCAGUUACUGACUUAGGUAAUGUAUUAAAUACCAAGAUAAAGAAAAAUGCACCUACAAAAUAAUUAAAAGUCUCUGUGGUCACCAAGUCAAGGUGGUAUUGAUCUGUGUUAAUCAGAGUAACUUAUUGCCUAGUCUAUGAAUAAAUUCCAAAAUAUCCAAUUCAUUUCAUCUUGAAAUGGUGCUUUUUUUUCCUCUCCACACACAGUUGGACUGCUGCAGUUUAAAGCAAACUUACACCACGUUCUUGCACGCUAACUUUUUUCUACUUUUAUAAAUUGAAACAUUUCAGCAUAAAAGUCCUACAUAUGAAGCAAGGGCUGAAUCAUCGUAAGGCUUUAAUUUUGAUAAACUAAUCCAGUGGCCUAUGGAUAUACCGCUAAAAGUUGAUUGAGAAGGUAGUGUUGGGAGCUGUGAUAGGUAGUCGUUUUGGGGUUUUUUUUCCCUUCCCCUUAUACUUCAGGAUAAAGGUAAGUUGACUUGAAUAACCUUCUUUUGCACUGGGAAAAUGAACAGAUGUUUGAAAUGCUUUUAAAAUAUUUUUUUAAAUUAAAAAACCACUCUGGAAAAUAUUAAAUAUCUGUAACUUAUAAACACCAACCUUCAAUGUAAUAAGUGUACCCUAAUCUUCUGUAUGUUUAACUGGAUUACACAGACUCUUAUCUUUUGUUAAAAUAUGUAUACUCAGUGGACCAAUAUAAUAUUAAAGUAUGUAUAUAUUAUAUAAAUAUAUAUAUCGCUCUUUCUCUCCAUGCUCACUUGUGGAGGAUGAAUGUUUUAGAGUCAUUUGUGAUUACAUUUUACAUCGUUGACUCUGGCUGCAGAGCCUGUGCUUUCAAAGGACAGACAAGUAUUCCUGAGAGCUCAGUGGCACUACUUACAAAGUUUUAACCACCUUCUACAUACUUGUUAAAGUUUAGUUGGGCUCUCUUUAUAGAAUUUUCUCUUCUGUUUCAAACUUCUAAAUUGUAGCCUGUAAUUAUGAGAACAAUAAACUUGAAGUAACAAUAAAGCAUACUAUCCAUACAUUCUAU